AAAGGUAGUGUGUGUGUAGGUAGGUAGGUAUAGGUAGGUGUAGGUAUUACACAGACUACCUCAGGUAUGUGUUGCUCGCUGGAAGUGAAGGGGUGGAGAACGUAAAGUUUACAUGUCAAAAAACGAUUUCAAUCUUAGCCUACUUGUUCCCGAACUACCAUUCAAACUUGCAGUCUAUAGUGAUGGCGGAGGCUCAUCAGGCAGUAGCGUUUCAGUUCACCAUCACCCCUGAGGGGAUCGACCUGCAUCUGUCCUAUCAGGCCCUCAGUCAAAUCUACCUCUCCGGACUGCGAUCGUGGAAGAAACGCAUUAGUAGGAUUAAGAACAGAAUCAUUAAAGGUGUAUACCCAGCUAGCCCCUCCUCUUGGCUAUUUGUUGUCAUAGCAAUCCUGGCCACUAUGUACAUGCAGUCUGAUCCAUCUAUGGGCCUCAUUGCUAAGAUUCGGGAGCACCUACCCCUUAGUCUGUCAUUGAGUGCUCAAGGUCAGACGGUCCUGUCAGUGCUGCUGUUCAGUACUCUGCUGUGGUUGUCUCUCAUUCUGGCUCUGAGGUUCUGCCUAAAGCUUCUCUUAUCAUACCACCGAUGGAUGUUUGAGCUACAUGGACGUAUUUCUACCAAGACCAAAGUCUGGGCGACCCUAGUUAGGUUGCUCUCCAGUAGAAAGCCAUUACUGUACAGCUAUCAGACAUCUUUACCACACCUGCCUGUACCUUCCAUUAAAGACACAUUGGAAAGAUAUCUUGAGUCAGUGAAGCCACUGCUAGAUGUGGAUGGUUUUCAGCGAAUGACAAGACUGGCUGCUGAGUUUGAGAAAAGUCUGGGUAACCGCCUACAAAAAUAUCUCAAACUUAAAGCACUGUGGGCCACAAACUAUGUUAGUGACUGGUGGGAAGAGUAUGUUUAUCUCCGGAGCCGGAGUCCCAUUAUGGUCAAUAGUAAUUAUUAUGGCAUGGAUUUUCUGUAUGUGACACCCACGUCUACUCAGGCAGCUCGAGCAGGGAAUACUAUCACAGCCCUGUUCCUAUAUCGCCGCAAAGUCAACCGAGAGGAGCUCAAUCCUAGUCGUAUUCCUGGUACAGUCAUACCGCUGUGUGCAGCUCAGUGUGAACGCAUGUUCAACACCACACGCACGCCUGGAGAGGAGACGGAUGUGCUGCAGCAUUGGCAGGACAGUGAGUUUGUCGCCGUGUACCACAGGGGCCGGUAUUUCAGGUUAUGGGUUUACCGAGCAGGACGCCUGCUGUCACCCAGAGAGAUCCAGUAUCAGAUUCAAAGGAUCUUGGAUGACCCCUCACCUCCUUCUCCAGGAGAGGACAAACUAGGGGCACUGACAGCAGGAAACAGGACGCCCUGGGCUCAGAUGAGAAAGCAGUUCUUCAGUUCUGGAGUUAACAAGCGCUCACUGGACUGCAUUGAGAAAGCAGCCUUCUUUGUCACGCUAGAUGAUCAGGAAGAAGGCAUGAUGGGGGAAAAUCCCUCUGUGAACUUGGACCGCUAUGCAAAAUCCCUCCUUCAUGGAAAAUGCUAUGACAGGUGGUUUGAUAAGUCAUUUUCUGUCGUGGUGUAUAAGAAUGGAAAGAAUGGGUUGAAUGCAGAACAUUCUUGGGCCGAUGCUCCUAUAGUGGCCCACCUGUGGGAGUUCACUCUGGCCACAGACGCAUUUCAUUUGGGUUACACCGCGGAUGGGAACUGCAGGGGAGAGAUUGAGCACUCCUUACCACCUCCUCAACGGUUGAGCUGGGACAUACCGCUGCAGGUUCAGAUGCAGGUGUCAGAGUCUCUCGCUGUUGCGCAGGCACUGGCUGAUGAUGUGGACUGUCAUGUGUUUCCCUUCAGAGAGUUUGGGAAAGGCCGCAUCAAGAAAAUGAAAUUGAGCCCAGAUUCCUUCGUGCAGCUGGCCUUGCAGCUGGCCUACUAUAGGGAUAGAGGGACUUUCUGUCUGACUUAUGAAGCCUCCAUGACUCGUCUGUUUCGUGAGGGUCGCACUGAGACCGUACGAUCCAGCUCCAAUGAAAGCUGUGCCUUCGUCCUCGCAUUGGAAGCAGGAGAGGACAGAGAACAUUGCCACAAGCUGUUACGAAAGGCUGCUGAGAAACAUCAGAACCUCUACCGCUUGGCCAUGACCGGAUCUGGCAUUGACAGACACCUCUUUUGCCUAUAUGUGGUCUCAAAAUACCUGGGGGUAGAGUCUCCUUUCCUUAAAGAGGUGUUGUCAGAGCCCUGGCGUCUCUCCACCUCUCAGACCCCCGUGCAACAAAUGGAGCUGUUUGAUUUGGUCAACCAUCCUGAGUUCAUCUCGCUGGGAGGAGGCUUUGGUCCGGUGGCUGAUGAUGGCUAUGGUGUAUCUUACAUUAUUAUGGGCGAGGAAAUGAUUAACUUCCAUGUGUCCUGCAAGCACUCCUGCACAGAGACUGACUCUCAUAAGUUUGGGUCUCAAAUCAGUCAAGCCAUGAUGGAUCUCAUGACUCUGCUGAACCCAGACUUCAAGGAAGCAACAAAAGCCAACCCUGACAAACAGUCAUAAAUCCUGCUGUGUGCUUGUUUGAAGACGGGUUCAUAAUUAUUUCAUUAUUUGUGCAUUUUUUUUUAAAAUAUAUAUUCAUUUGUUUGUUGGGUUUGAGGUUGUGAUAUAGUGGAUCUAUCCGUGUCAAUACUAAAAAAUAACUAGUAGGGUUUCUGGAUUUGCCAAUUGCUGCUGCACCAGUUUUACUGAAUACCUUUCAUAAAUCUCUAUAAUUGGUGUGCUGAAGAAUAACAGCUGUAUGAUUGACAGCUCUGUAAACAGCAAAAUGGUGUCUAGCCACCAAACUACUGUGUGUGUUUAAGUUUGCUGAAAUCUGUAGUUGUGUCUUUAAAGGGUUUGGUUAUGAAGAAAGACUGUGUAGUUGAAACUACAGCAUUAGUCUAAUGGAAGUCAGCUCCAAAAAAAAAAAAAAAAAAAAACACAUGGCAGCUUUAAUAAUGUUAUUUCUGGUACUUCAAAUUAAACCGUUUUUCUAUUAAAAACCAUGAAAAAUGCAAAAAUUUUAUCAUUAGGGUAUGGGACAUUUUUCUUAUCUACCCAGGGUGCCCUGAAAUUGUGUGGGGCCAAGCUAACCUGGCAAACCUUGAAAGAGAAAAAUAAAUAUAUGUAGUGAUGUUAUUUGUACAGGCAUGAAGCUAUCAAAUUCACCGGUGCAGUAAUGACAUAGCAUGGUCCAUGAAUCUCUUUGCGGAUUUUAAAUGGAUCGACUCUGAUUAACUCUGUUAAAGCCUUGGUUACAAAUGAAUAUUGACGAAUCUGCUUGCUUAGACAGCUGAUGUUAAUACAGCACAGUUUUAGUAAUGCAUUAGAUGCUCUUUAAAAGACAUGGCUUUUAUUUUUUUUAAUGCAAUAUAAAUAAGUUAUGACAUUAAAUGUGCCACUUCUGAUACUUAAAAUAAUUUUACAGAAGCAGUAACAAUAUUGAAAUGUUCUUGUAUUGUUAUAUUCAAUUAUACUGUAACUUGUAAUUAUUUAUAUUUUCUUUGCUUCAGUCAGACUCUUGUAUAUGAACAUCUCAGGAAAACAUAAGUACGUUCAAAGCACAGUAUGGCCUUCUGUUACUUUUGUAGGGGACAUAAGAAUAUGUUUUUUACUUGUAGGUAAAUAAGAUGAAAUAAAAAUAUUUAAAUUGCAAUGAAAUAUGAGAUAUUCCUGUGACAUCUCUCCAAGUACUUUCGUUGUUACUUUUCACGUAACAAGCUGCCACAAAAACUUUAAAUAAAAAUAAAAAAAAUUACCCUCUGACCUCUGUUAGGUCGUCCUAAAAGCAAAAGAGAAAAGGACGAAAUGACGCAAUGGAUUAGAAAGCGCACAACGUGCACGUCUGUUACCUUUGGGAACACUACGCCGCGAGCCGUGCUCAAGUGUUGAGUCAACACCAAUUCAAACUUGUCGAUAUUCACAGUAUCUGUCUCUCGGGCGGGCCUAAUUGCUUAAAUGAAACACCCUCCGUUUCAUUGGUUAUAGUACCUAAGUCAGUGCAUAGUUGAAAGAGGGUGGGGACUUUCUCCGAGUCCAUAAACGACUGCACAUUAACUAAGUAACGUAAAGGUCUAACUGCAGAACCAUGUUGGUUUCGAAACCGCGCUACACUUCGGACGGGGGAUUUUAAACUCACAGCAACACAAGGGGGCUUGUUGCUUGAGGCUGCAAAACGAAAGUAUGUUGCAGACCAAGACAAGGCGGCUGAAAGCAAGGCAAAGCAUCGUGGCUUAUGGAGCUGAACUCUGAUGGUUAACAAAUCACCGUAAUGAGUGGGAAAGUCUGUACAUUGAUUACUGCAGUUUUAUUCAUCACAUAUAUUAAUGAUGUCCAAUCCGGGUGUAUGCCAAAUGAUGUUAAGAUGCAUCUGGAUGACCUGUUGUUGGAAGAGUACAUGUUUGAGAUUAAGGUGUUCUCACCUGAAACAAAGGGACACAAGCUUCUGUCAGUAGUAAACACCUUAUGUUCAACCUUGAAUAAUAAUAAACUUAAGGAC